AUGUGGCCAUCGCGUUUUAAGCAAUACUCCGUUGUUGAACAACAACAAGAUACUGAUCAUCAUGAAAAUGAUACCAAUUUAGCAUUUACAAUUCCUCGAGAGUUCAUCACUCGACAAGAUUUAACAUCCGGUUCUUUAUUUCACGGUGGUAUUGAUAGUCCAUCGAUCAAUGCAAUUGAUCCUGUACUGAAACAACCUGUGCAUAUAACGAAAUAUCUGUGUUUAAAAUCAAAAACAAGCACUCAACAGUAUAUAAAUCAUUUAUAUGAACGCAUUCUUCUCACCAGUCAUUUAUCACAUCCGAAUGUUCGUCGAAUUCUAUCUUGGUAUAUUGCUGAUGCUUGUCUUUAUUCAAUAACUGCCCUCAUCCAAGGUACUUUACGUCAUGCAAUUCAAUCCGAAACAUUUUCACUGGAACGAAUUGCUCGUUUGUCAUCCCAAAUCAUCAACGGAACGAUCUACUUACAAUCCAAAGGUCUUUGUCCGUUGACACCAUGGUAUACGACAAACAUUGAAUUGACGCGUGAUGAUCGAAUACUCUUGUGUUCGCCAACGAUAUCGACAACUAAAUUAAAUGGUGGCAUUGUUCAUCAUCAUCAUCUCUGGAGACAUGCACCAGAAAGUUUAAUUCGAAUGAUAAUUGAGAGCGAAUCUCAUGUCAAUAUCGGAUCGUUUGAUAAUUCCAAAGAAGAUGUUUGGUCAAUUGCUUGCAUCAUGGUGGAAAUGAUGAUCAAUACGAUCCUAUUUCGUCCGCCAAAUGAUGGUCCUGCAUUACAAUUACUUUGUAUUGUACAAUUUGUUGGUGGUUUAACAACAUCAUUAAUUGAUUGUUUUCCAGCACAUGUCAAACAGUUAUUUUCAAAUAUAAGAUGUGAUAGUCAUCAACAACGCUUAAAUCGGUUAUUGAGACAGAUAUUUCAUCAAUAUGCCAAUCAUGUGAAUGAUUAUAGUCGAAAAGAUCAUCUCUACGAUUUAUUAAAACAAAUGUUUCAAUUUCAAUCGGAUAAACGUCUUGAUUUGCAAUCCCUGAUCACCCAUCCAUUCUAUGCAUUCUGUUCGUCAAACAUGUGUUUGAAUAAACCACGAUUGAACAUUCUCAAAGUCCAAAUCCCGUCAAUCCGAAUCGAUGAUCUUGUUCAUUUGUGUACAAAACUUCACUUAGAACAAUCUCGAUGGAUAUUAACACUGAAAGAACGCUGUCUACUCGAAUUGAUUUUGCAUAUCGAUAAUUUCAAUCAAUUGAAUUUCUCUCAAUUAGGCUUAAGUCAACCUUUACUAAACGAACUUCAAAGACUUGUCUACUUUUUAACGGGUAAUCAAUCAAUCAAUGUAUAG